AUGUCUGUGAUUUCGACGCUUAAUCUUAUUCAACAAUAUCUUACUAUUGUGUUGGGAAUUCUUCUUGUUGUUGGUGUCAUUGGAAAUACAUUCAAUUGUCUUGUAUUUCUUCGAAAACGAUUACGUUCUAAUGCAUGUUCAGUCUUCUUUGCUGCUGCUUCAAUUGCUAAUAUGACCGUUAUGAUUUAUUAUAUUAUUCCAACCAUUCAUUCAGUUUAUAAUAAACCGCCAGAAAAUGGAAAUCUUGUUUAUUGUAAACUUCGUUUAUAUAUUCGAAAUGCUUUAUUAGUUAUUUCACGAUCUUAUUUAACAUUAGCUUGUGUUGCAUGUUAUGCUCAAACAUCAAGAAAUGUUCGAAUACGUACAAUAUUUCGACCAAAAGUUCUUUUACGAAUUGUUAUCAUUAUUCCUAUAAUUUGGUUUAUUAUACCAUUACAUAUUCCUUUAACAACAACUAUUCAAAAU